GCGGACCGAAGUGUCGGUCCCUUCCGGUGUGUGGGUCCCUCCCUCCGUCCUUCCCCCCCAGGCUCGGAGCUGGGGCCGGACGAAGACAGGCAGAGAGCUAAGUCCGCUCCCGCCAUGGCCCAGCCUGGGAGACCCCCCGCCGCCUCGGGGUACAGCAGCCAGAACGGGGCUGGAGAGCAACGCUACAGUAACGGUCCUGUGCAAAACUCACUGGUGCAUUCAUCACAAAUGUCAGAUGGCCAAGGAUAUAGCUCUACAGUUCCAGGAUUAUAUUCACAUCAGGUACCAACAAAGGUCCCUCUGCAGCCAUCUUCUGGACUAUAUAACUUUGGUGGUUCUCAGAAUGUUUCUCCAUUAAGUAAUCAGAGAUCUGGGCAGACUCUUAAUCGACCACCUAUGGGCCACAUUUCUGUUGCAUCUUUGCAGCAUACAAGUUCUGGUCCACAAAUGCUUCCUCAAUUACAAAACUCUACUGCUUUACCAUCAUCUUCUAGUAGCUUUGUUCCUGGAGCUCAUCCCCCAGCACUUUCAAACUGGCAGUAUGGUCAGACUCCUAUGAGUCAGCCAACUGGGUCUCAAACAAACCAUUUGGGUCAUGUAGCAGGAACAGUGUCAACUCAGCCAUUAUCAUCAUCAGGGAGCACAAAUCCUGCAACAAGUUAUCAGUAUGCUGUUUCCCCUGGAGGUCCUCCACUUCAAAACAGCUACAUGAAACCAGGGUCUGUUCCUCCACCAGUGAAUCGGCCUUUAGGUUCAGCAUUUCCUCCUGCAAGACCUCCUCUAGGACCCCCUCCAACUGGAGGGCCACCGUUAGUGAGGCCAUCCACAACCCCAGUCGGACUGCCUAACAACUCUGUACCCCAUCUGCCGCUAAAUUCAGCUACAAACCAAGAAGGUGAUGUAGCAGCCACUGCCAGUGAUGGAUCUUUGGUCCAAAACAGUUAUGAUGCGAUAGAAGGAGGCGGCUUUAUGGCAACUACAUGUUCAUCAUCUGCUCCCCAGAAUCUUAAUCUGGGUAGAAGUGUUGGGUAUUCUUAUCCCACCCUACCACCAGGCUACCAGAAUGUGUCUUCACCUGGAGCACCAGGAAUGCAGUCCUCACCUCUGCAGUAUCCAGCUGGACCACAGCCAUUCCCUCAGCCUUCCUUGGGUAGUAAUCACCUAACUGCACCUAUGAGUAGCCUGAGUCUGCAACCAGAAGGUUUAAGAUCUAUCAACCUUCUUCAAGAAAGAAAUAUUCUUCCUACAACACCUUUGCAGGCUCCGGUUCCAAACUUGCAUGAAGAAAUCCAGAAACUCAACUGUAAUCCAGAGUUGUUCCGAUGUACCCUGACUAACAUUCCUCAAACUCAGGCCUUAUUGAAUAAAGCCAAACUUCCUUUGGGGCUCCUGCUUCAUCCUUUCAAAGACUUAUCGCAAUUACCUGUGGUGACCUCCAGUACAAUUGUGCGAUGUCGUUCCUGCAGGACGUAUAUUAACCCUUUUGUCAGCUUUCUAGACCAAAGGAGAUGGAAAUGCAACUUGUGUUAUAGAGUGAAUGAUGUUCCUGAAGAAUUCAUGUACAAUCCUGUGACAAGAGUAUAUGGAGAACCUCAUAAAAGACCUGAAGUUCAAAAUGCUACUAUUGAGUUCAUGGCUCCCUCUGAAUACAUGCUACGUCCACCUCAACCUCCUGUGUACCUCUUUGUGUUUGAUGUCUCCCACAAUGCAAUUGAGACAGGAUACUUGAAUACAGUCUGCAAGACCUUGUUAGACAAUCUUGACUUGCUUCCUGGGAACACUAGAACAAAAAUAGGCUUUAUAACAUUUGACAGCACAAUCCAUUUCUACAGCCUUCAGGAAGGUCUCUCUCAGCCUCAGAUGCUAAUAGUUUCAGAUAUUGAAGAUGUGUUUAUACCAAUGCCAGAGAACUUAUUAGUAAACUUAAAUGAAAACAAAGAGCUAAUUCAAGAUUUACUGAGGACUUUGCCACAGAUGUUUACCAAGUCACUGGAAACACAGAGUGCUCUUGGACCUGCGCUGCAGGCUGCCUUCAAAUUGAUGUCUCCUACUGGUGGUCGAAUUUCUGUCUUCCAGACACAGCUUCCAUCUUUAGGAGUGGGAGCACUCAAAUCCCGAGAAGAACCUAACCAAAGAGCAUCUGCAAAGGAUAUACAUCUUACACCAUCCACUGACUUCUACAAGAAGUUAGCAUUGGACUGCUCAGGGCAGCAGGUUGCAGUUGAUUUGUUCCUCCUUAGUGGGCAGUAUUCUGACUUGGCUUCAUUAGGCUGUAUAUCAAGGUAUUCAGCAGGGAGCGUGUAUUACUAUCAGUCUUAUCAUCAGCAGCACAAUCCUGUCCUGGUGGAGAAAUUACAGAAAGAGCUGAAACGAUACUUAACUAGAAAGAUUGGCUUUGAGGCUGUCAUGAGGAUAAGAUGCACCAAAGGUCUUUCCAUUCAUACCUUCCAUGGGAACUUCUUUGUGCGAUCAACAGACUUGUUGUCUUUACCCAAUGUAAACCCGGAUGCAGGAUAUGCUGUACAAAUGUCAGUAGAAGAAAGUCUCACUGACAUGCCAGUUGUUUCUUUUCAGUCAGCACUACUGUACACAUCCAGCAAAGGUGAAAGAAGGAUUCGAGUCCACACUAUGUGUUUACCUGUUGUUACAACAUUGAGUGAUGUCUAUCUGGGGGCUGACGUACAAGCUAUUACAGGCUUACUAGCCAAUAUGGCUGUGGACCGGUCAGUUUCUGCUAGCUUGAGUGAUGCCCGAGAUGCCUUGGUGAAUGCUGUAAUUGAUUCCCUAUCUGCUUACCGAUCUUCAGUCCUAAGCAUUCAGCAGCCUGGUCUGAUGGCUCCGUAUUCCCUACGAUUCUUUCCACUUCAUGUACUGGCUCUCUUAAAACAAAAAGCAUUCCAGACUGGGACAAAUAUCCGUUUAGAUGAGCGUAUUUUUACUAUGUGUCAAGUGAAAAACCAGCCCCUAAUUUACCUCAUGCUUAUGACCCAUCCCAAUCUGUACAGAGUUGACAAUCUCACAGAUGAGGGAGCCCUCAACAUUAACGAUAAAACAAUACCUCAGCCACCCAUUCUCCAGUUGUCUGUAGAGAAGUUGAGUAGGGAUGGUGCCUAUCUUAUGGAUGCUGGCUCUGUAAUGUUUAUGUGGAUUGGAAAGAAUUGUGGACAGAAUUUUAUCAGCCAAGUCCUUGGCAUUCCAAGUUAUGCAUCAAUACCACAGAACAUGACACAUCUUCCAGAACUUGAAACAGCUGAAUCUACCAGAACAAUUGCCUUUAUCUCCUGGUUGAGAGAGCAAAGGCCAUUCUUCCCUAUACUGUAUAUAAUAAGGGAUGAAAGUCCGCUGAAAUCAAGUUUCCUACAGAACAUGAUAGAAGACAGAACAGAAUCUGCCUUAUCAUACUAUGAGUUCCUCCUGCAUAUACAGCAGCAAGUGAAUAAAUGAACCACUGAAUUUUGUGGCUCUCUUGCUUAGCGAAAAUUUCUGCAGUAAAGAACAAUUGUGCUUGUAAUAUCUUUUGUUUAAGUUUGUGGCCUGGUGCAGUUGACAAGAAGAUCUCACUGUGAUUUCAACAAAAGUAAAGCAAAUAAAGGACCACAACUGAAAAUCAUAUGUGCAACUACAUAAUAUUGUACUUUUAAAAAAAUCAAAAUAUAUUUGAAGAGGUUGGGUAUCUUUAAUUUGCUGCAAAUUAUGUUUUUACUGUAGGCAGUUGCAGCAUGAAGUACAUUUGCAAUAUUGAAGCAAAAUAAAUUUUGUAAAAUGUAGUUCAAAAUGUAUAUUUCUGUAACUCAGUUUUGCUUUUUUUGGGGGGGGAGGAGCUGCUAGAUUUAAAACCUCAGUAUGAUUGAGUUGCAGGGAAAUUGUAUUGUCUUUGAUACAGUAUAUCCACUGAUGAAAGACUGAACACUUGUUUUAAGAGAGCUAACUUGUAUGCCUAAAGUAGCAAUGAAACAAUUCAUUGUGAAAUGAACAAAUAUUUGAAAAUAAUUAUGAAAAUUUUAGGAUGCAAUGUUCUGGAAAUGGUUAUGUUGGAUAGAUCUAAAGGUAGCUUAAACUGACCUAGAUGGAUUGCGAUAGAUUGGUCAUUGAGAGAAGUAAUUCAUUAAAAAAAACUUUUAAAUAUAUCAUUAUUCUUGUACCUGAAAGGCAAAUGUGGCAUAGUAGACUGUGUAAAUUGAAAAUUAUAAUCAAGUGGUCUGGCAGCAAAAGUGAGCUUGACACUGAGCCUUGUUUUUGUAGUUAAAAUUAGUUUGGUUUUGUCUUCAUAGUUCAUUAAAUGGCAGUCAAGUGGGAGAACAGAAGGCAAAGCAUAGAACCACCUUGAUCCUUUAGACUUCUGUGCUCUUGUAAGUUAACUAAAUGUUAGGUCCCAUAAACUUAAUUUUUUUUGUGAAAGGAGGCAGUGGUGGUGACAUUUCAACCUUAAUUUAUCAAUAUAUGUUUGAAACAGCACUGAAUAUUGUGUUUACUUCUAAACCUGAAUCCAACCAGAAGUAAUCUGGCUCUUAAAAAGCUCUCAGAAAUAAUUUUGAUGGAAGCAGUUAACAAGCCUAAUUCUAGGGCCGUGUGCAUGCCAAAUACAUAUAAUAAUUUAACUGACAGACUUGCGGGUACUACAGUGAAACUGGACAUUGGUUUUACAGAAAGCUGAUAUUUUUAAAUGUAAGAUGUGCAAAGUAUUUGAGAAGUAAAGUACAUUGGAGAGCAAUCUGUAGAUGACAGGUUGUUUCUCCUUAUGUUACUUGAUUGUUGCUCCUUAUAUGCCUAUGAAAGAGCUGUGGGGAGGGGAGGAGAAGUUUUGUACCUUACUUUGUUUUUAUUUUAUAUUAAGGCUCAUACACUUACUGCAGACUUGCUAAAAUCUUGUUGGGGUUAAGUAACUUUUCUUUGGUGAGUAAAAUGUUUAUAAUAAAGGCAGACAAGUAGGUAUUGUGCCUAGGCUAGUAAACUUGUGAAAGGUUUGCAAAGUGGAUUUAACGGGACCUGAUAGGAUCACAGUUUCUACAGCCAUGGCCUGUUUCUCUGCUCCAGUUAUAAUAAACUAAUGGGAGUUACCUCAGUGCAGGGGAGAAGCAGCUGUUUCUUCAUAGAAACAUAGUGAACAAGUUGAGCACAAGAAAACCACUAUCAUUGUGUGCUGAUUUAUUUCUCCCAAAGAUGAUUUAAACACCCUGCCUACUGUGUCUACAUAACUAGUAGAAAUGUAUUUCACAAAAGCUUUUUUUAAGACUGUGCAUUAUCUUCUCACAAAAUGAAAAUAUAAAGUAAGUAUGUAGGGGAAGUUCUGUUUUAAAAUUCACUAAAUGACUUUUCUGGUUUCAUUUAAAUCUUAUUUUUUAUUAUUUCUUAAAUGAGAAUCAGUCCUUCCGACAACCACAAUUUUAUGAAGUGGUAAUCCACUCCAGGCAUGUGAUGACAAAAUGUACUCAUUGAGAUGUUGGAAAUAAUCCAUAUAUCUCAUAACACACACAAAAGCCUGUGGUUUUCCUUACUAUCACCACGUGCUUUGUCAUUAUAGUCCAUAAACUUAAUUUUAAAAUAUAGCAUCUGUUUCAGAGAAAGCUUCACUUUAUGUAAAUUAGGUUAACAGCUGUGAAUGUCAGUCUACAUGCCAAUUCAAUGACCAACAACAUUUCAAGUUAUGAUCCCUAAUAUUUUUAUGCAAAGCUUAUGAACAGCAAGCAAAUUAACCCCAUUUGGAGUACAGUGCUUUUGGAAUGUCUAUAAUGAAUUGACUGACUAUCCUGCACUAUUGAAAGUCUAGUUUAAUUCCAUGCAGUCAGAGACAAACCUCUCCUGCUUCAGUUUGUAUUAUUUUUACAUCAUUGCAGAGUAACACCCUUGUGUAAAUUGCCUUUGUCAUACUUCUCACUGUUUACAGAUGUCAAGAAUACUGUUUUACAAUAAAAACAGACAAGGGUGGCCCUGGUUGUUAUCUUAGUGUGACAACUACCAUAGUACACUUACAAUAUUUUUCUAGUUUCUGAGAUUUAACUAUUUGUCUGACACAUUAAUGUUACUUCAGUCAACAUCAGUACCAUCCAUUUUAAUUUGUAUACGUCUUUAUAAUUUAAUAUAUUUGAAUCUCAGUCUAAAUAGACUAUUUUGCAAUAACUAGAAUAAGAUUUACAUUUCUUUUAUUCAGAGUUAAUGUCUUAACAAUUUAUAAUCAAAGAUGCAGAAUGGCUGUUAUAUAAGGGACCAUCAAAUGUGAUUUUAAGCUUCUGUUCACUAUUAUGGAUGUAAUCCUUAUACAUUUAAUUUUGUAAAGUAGUGUAUAAUAUUGUAAUAUUAAAUCCUUGUUUUCUGAAACUCAAACACAGAUCUUCAGCGUGAAGUUAUAAAUCUUGCCCCUUCUGAAUCUGAGACAGGAUUUACUUGUCCUCCUUUUUACAGUUUGUAAUUUUCACUGUUUUAUUCCUGUAAAAAGUCAUUUGUAACACAUGCAAAUGCUUAUUUUAUCUGUGCUAAUUUAAAAGAUUUGGCUACUCAAUAAAACUAAUUGAAAGUGCUCACAAAAGUCCAUUAGUCCUUUUAGUUACACAAGUGGGAUUCCAUAUUUGACCAAUUGCUGCGUGACAUUUUUUCCAAUGGUUGCAUUAGUCACUUCAGUAACAAUAAUUACCUAGCUAAAGAAGAAAAUACUAACUUGCUACAAUUGUCAGUUUUGUAAAUUAUACAAAGAUUGGGGCACUUCAUAUUUCAGGAGUAAAAAC